UGUAAACAAACUCACAUGUCCUGGCUUGUGUGUGGCGUAAGACAAACACCUUCAUAUUUUCUAAAGUUUUGACCUCGUGGCGCCUCGCUGACCUGACCUGAGACACUGGAAGGAAACUAGGAAGAUAUCCUGACAAUUUGAGCACCAGGAGGAGGAGGAAAACCAACAUGGCGACCCAAAAAACAGGAAGAAGAACAGUGAAGAAUUUAGUGAAAGAAUUUAAAGCAGACAGAGUGAAAAAUGCAAAUAUUAUUGUCGACAUUAUGGAAAGACUGGAGAGCAGUGACACAGGAACCACCCUCUCUGCUGUGACGGGUCUUCACCAUGUUUUCACCCACUUGCUGUUAGAGAGAGCCAUCCAGAGGACAUUUAAAAGUGAAGGGGAGGACAGCGCGAGGAACAAGCUUAACAAAUGGUACAAGGAAAUGUUUGAGGAUACACUAAAGUCUUUUCAUAAACUACUUAAUCACCCUGAGAAGGGCGUGCAGGAGCUGGCCUUGUCCUCCCUCCUGAAGUUGCUGCAGUGUGAAGGUCUACAUCCAAUCAUAAGGAAGACUAGCUAUGGUUUUCCCUACAAGAGACUUAAGGUCAUCAUAGCAGAGGUCGUGUCAGUCUCGGAGGACCAUCGCCAUCUUGUCACCCUUCUACAGGAGUACUUGGAGUGUCAAGAUUUCCUUUUCUACACUCUGCUGGCAGUCACAGAGGUGGUCAAAACACACGCACAGACACACACACAGACAGACACACUGACAGAGACACCAGUUACAUUUAUGAACAAUUUAAUCCUAUUGGUGGAGAAGCUCAAGGUGCCCCCCCCAGGAUCCAGCCGCCCCCUUGUGCCCCCCCUGCUCUUCCUUCGUCCCCCACAAGAAGCAGAGAAGCAAAGGAAAAAGCACAAAAAAGAAGAAGAAGAAGAAGAAGAAGAAGAAGGAGGAGGACAGCCAACCUUCUCUCUCCCUUACCCUGACGCGCGCCACGCCCUGAACGUCAUCUGGCCGGCUAUAUUAAACUACCCCCUUACCCCAGAGCUGUUCCGCAGGGUCCUGGUAGCCUUACCUGACCUUGCAAUGCCCCAUCUAGACAAACCUCUCGCUCUUACUGGGUUCUUCAUGGAGUCGUACAAUAUGGGUGGCGCCAUCAGCCUUCUAGCCCUCCAGGGAGUGUUCAUUCUUAUCAACAAACACGAUCUAGACUACCCCGAUUUCUACAAGAAGCUGUACGCAUUAUUGGAACCCACAGUCUUCCACGUCAAAUAUCGCGCAAGAUUCUUCAUGCUUUGUGACCUAUUCCUCUCAUCCACGCACCUCCCUGAGUACAUCGCAGCCUCGUUUGUGAAGCGCCUGGCCCGUCUCUCCCUCAUGGCUCCAUCCUGCUGCCUCCCUUUAAUCAUUAAAUUCAUUCUCAACCUUUUAAUUCGCUUUCCCGGCCUGAAGAAACUUGUCCACAACACGUCCGUUACUGACCACGCAGGCGACCCCUACCAACCGGGGGAGGCAGACCCGGCGCUCACCAAGGCCAAUCAGAGCAGUUUGUGGGAGGUGGCAACACUGCAACACCACGGGAUGCCUGUAGUCUCUCGUGCCGCGCAAUUUACAAAGAAACAAGCUCUUCCACAAACUGAGGUGGAUCUUGGGGAGCUUGUGGAUCAGGGAUAUGAUGAGUUAUUUGAAAGGUCAUGCAAGGUCACAGUGAAGGAGGGCAUCGCUACGACCUUUGUCAGACCCCAGGGACUCUUUCUGUAUCCCGAGGGCAAGAUGGCAGACACCUGGGCCAUAUGACACCCCUCCAUGCCGACCCAGGGGUGACUGAAGGACCUAGGCGAUGGUGGGUUCUCAGGAAGACUUCUGUUCCUUACGUGGCGUCCGUGAGAAGUGGUAAUGGUUGUGUUCCUGAGAAAUUCUAGCUUAUUUUAUCGGUAUUAUUAUUAUUGUUGCUGUUUUAGUGAUGUGUUUGUGUUGUAUUUUUGUUUAUUAGUUAUUUAGUUGUUUGUUUACUUUGAUUUAUUUGUUUUAUUGGUAUUUUGGUUCGUUUUUAUUACUUUAUUUAUUUAUUUAUUUAUUUAUUUAUUUAUUUAUGUUUAUUUUCGCUAGGUUUACAUUUAUACCUGUCUAUUAUUAUUUAUUUUUUCUUUUUUUUCAGUAAAACGAAAUAUUUAGACAUUUUUCAACACAAACUAUAUCUGAAAUUACUACUAUUAUUAUUUUUUUUCAUAUUUCUACAUCCCUAUUACAUAUAUAUAAUAGAAAGUUGUUUUAAUUAUUAUUUUUUAUCUUAUUAUAAUAUUUGAAUGGUGUUUUGUGUAUUAUGUAUUCAGUAUUUACAAUAGAAGUUUAGAAA